AUGGCCGUGAAAGCGCACAUACCGCUCUUUCUCGACGGUGAUGGCCUCCAGCUAUCCACCCAACUCCUGGAUUUGCUGCCCGCUCAGUUCGAUGUCUUGCUCACCUUCACGUACGACGAGCCUGGUAGAAAGUUGGAUGGCAUAUGGCGAGACGAGGACUUCGAGGCAGCUGAGGCGUUCGCGGCAAACGAGGAGCUACACAACAACGAAGACGAUGUCGAUGAUAACGAUAAUUACGAGCAUGAUGAAGCUGAUGAUGAUAAUAGCAAAGAGGAGGUGAAAGGCAUGUCUCUGGACACGCUGCUGACCCCCCGUGUUCCCAGCAUCAUCGUCCUCUUGCAGAGCAUACGGAAAGAAGCGCCGGAGGAGAAGACGGCGGUGGCGUCGAGGACUCGAGAACUGCGCCAGCACUCGCUGUACCGAUGUACUGGCCACAUCAACAUGGACGACAGAGUCGAAAACCUCCGUCUUUUCGACCAGGCAGCCUUGGGACCGAGUGUCCUCUUCCUCAGUGCCACCGCAGGGGUAACGGGACUCAAUAUUGCCACGGCAUCCCGGCUGUCGUCUGCGAGCCUCAAUUCAGUCCUGAUUUUGAUACCCAGCUCAUCGGGCGUCUCCACUGUCUACAGCAGACACACGCUGUCCAUGUGUAUCGCGUGA